AUGGAUAGAACGAGUACUAACAGCAACAGCCGUAAUACUUCAAAGACAGACCUCAGUUUGCUUCUUGAGUGUCUGAAGCAUCAGAUGAAAUGUCCGGAUUUACAAAAACAAGCACUUGUCACCAUUCAUUCAAUCUGUGAAAAGAGGGUUUGAAUUAUUUCAGAGGAUAAUGUGGACCUUCUGAGAGAACUGGGCGGUGUGGCAUUUCUGUAUAACCUGUCCAAAUCCAGUAUUGUUCAUUCAGAGGUGAAGGAGGCUGCUCUGUUUACACUUGGCACAUUGGCUGAGGCUAAUGUGUACUGCAAGAAUUCUCUGUGCAGAAAAGAGAUCUUUACAGACAUCACUACCCUGUUGAUGAAAGAAGAUAUCACGCUGACACAGAAGAGGGUGUCCGUCUAUUUGCUGUUUGUGCUGGUAGUCAACAACAAAUUAGGACAAACUUUAGCUAAAUCCACAGGCUGUCUGGAAAUUCUACUGGAUCUUUUCAGGAUCUCCUUCCCACUCUCCAAAACAAACAACUUCACAACUGUUAGUCAAAGCUACCAACUUUGGGCAUCUGUAUCCUGUGCUUUGUGCGGAUGUGUCAACAAUCCUCAGGAUGAAGAAGCUCAGCUUAGUUGUGUGGCAGCUUUUCCCAUUAUAAAAGUCUGGCUCCAGCAGACUUCUCUUCACUGCACAGAAGUAUUUCAACCCAUAUGCUCAUUUAUUGCAAUGGCAGUUGCCAACAACUCAUAUGUUCAGGAGAGUUUUUUUGCCUGUGGGGGUUUGGAAACGCUCACUCUUGUGAUGGUUCAUGCUGCCUUUGCUGCAGACACAAGCUUAUUGUCCUGCAAGUUGUCAAUUAUUAUAACCAAGACACUGUCAGCUUGCAUCACUGAUAACCUAAAUCUGGCUUCAGCUUUGGCUCAGCAUAGCAUAGUGUCCUCCCUGUUCAAUCUGCUGACAAGCUCACACCUGGAUCCUGAUGACAGACUGCCUGUUUUACUUUGCAUUGGGCAGUGCACUGGGGCCUCAGAAGAGCACCAGACCCAGCUGGUGCAGUGUGGUGGCCUGCCUGUUGUAAUAACUUUUCUCACAGAGGACACAAGUGAGGAAGUUAACAAGGCGGCUACUUACAUAUUGCAAACUUGCAAACAGGCCACCAUAAACUUGAGAAUGCAUGGUCUGAUAGGAAAACAGGCUGAAAAUGAAGAAUCAUUUGCAAACACUGAAGGCUUCAGAGCUGCAGCUAAAGAAAUGCUGCAAAGGAUUGAAGCGCUGGAAAAAAAUCUACCGAAGGAAACUGAGGAUGAACAUGAAGACAUUAAUGCUUUGCAUUUAACUGAAGUUCAAAGUCCACCGUCCGAGUUCUCCUUUUUACUUCGACCACCCCAGAGACGGGAGAGUAUCAAGGCCAACCAAACACAAAAGCCGGUGCAAAAAGGCAAUGGCACCAAUGCUGACCUCCAUACAGUCAUGAGGUUGACUGAGAAAACUAACAAAAGUGCGAUAAAGGAAAUCACUUCUAGUUUGGUUCUUCCAGAAGAGAAAGCUAAAACCAACAAAGGUGAUGUGAUGUUUCCAGUGAACAGGGAUGGUGGACCUCUCAUGUCUUCUCAUUUAUGGCCUCUAGAGUGUAGCAGCGAGUCACUUGCUGCAGACAAUCAUCUGUUUAGGAAACCAGUACCAGUGUGUCACACCAACAUAACAGAAGUUACACGUCCUGAUGACCUUCGGGACAGCGAGUUAAACCGGGUGGAGAAGAUUCCAGAGGAAGAACGUUCGGUUUCUCAUAGCCGAUGUGCAGGUUGUGUGUUACCUUUUGAGGAAGUGACCAGUCGCACUUUUGCUUCUCUCCAAAGCUCUUGUUCCAACAGCUGUGACGUGCACAGAGUCCUCCAAGAGGCCAAUGAGCAAUUCAGGAAACACCGUCUUAACUUCGUGCUCAUGAAAGAGCACCACAAUGUUGUUGUGGAGCACAGACGCACAAACUCAGUGAGAGUUUCACCUUUAAAGUCACAAAGAAGCUCUGAAAACUGGAGCGGAAAUGACAAGAGUUCUCAUCCACAAACCUCCAUGUGGAAGCAUCCAGGCAUCAGUCUGACACCGCUGCGUAGGAGCACUGGAGAAGAGAUGUUUACCUCUCAGAGCAAAAGUGAUACAAGUAGGCCUUCCUUGACUCCUUUAAAAAGAAGGCGUCCACACGAAGGCAGAAAUGAUUUAGAGAGAAGAAUAAGGAGUACUGAUGACGAUCAGUCAAAGAUGAGCUCAGACCUCAGUUCGUCUCUAAGAAGGAGGAAGAGGCAGGACUUCAGCCGUGAGGAGAUCCAUUACCUUCUGUCUGGAGUGAAGAAAUGUGGCUUCUCCUGGAACUCCAUCUUGUGGUCGUAUCCCUUCCAGCCUGGACGCACAAACGUUGAUCUGGCCAAGAAAUACAGGAGGAUGAUGAAAUAAAAAUCCUGAAGAGUGUCAUCCAAGCUCUGAAAUCUUGGGGCACCCUAAAAACAACGACCCUCUAAAACUCAGUUUCUUGGCGAGGCUGCAAGACUCUUGUUGUGUUCACUAAAAU